CUAUGUAUCAGACAUUUGUGUGGGGAUCAUACACAAUAAUUUUCCAUGAUAUGUUGGAAAUUCUGAUGGAUGUAGAUCAUCUGCUGGCUGUGAUCCCUUCUCUCUUGCGGGUCCAGUAUCUUGGAUCUUGUGGUUGUGGAUUAAAGUUUUAAACCCCUUUAUAUGGAAAUAAAUAAAUAUGGGAAUGUUGGUUUCCUUAUUUGGUAGAUAAUUUUCACUGUUGGAGUAUGCAUGUAUGAUUGAUGUUUUGGGCAACUUUGUACCCAACCUCUACAUAUACCUGCUAAUAUGGAAUUCAGAAGGCAAUUCUACAGCCAUAUAUCCAUUGUUGCCUUGCCCUUUUUUCUUUUCUAGUUCAGGUUUGAUUAAUUACCGAUGGAUAAGCCAAGAGUAAUGACAACUGUUAAUGGAGGAGGAGCGGGCUCUCGACAACAUGCCCUGGAGCAGGAACCCUCCCUUUCUCACGUCUCAUUUCCGCACCGGAAAAGCAACCCUGGAGUCGAUGUAUCUGCAGAUGAGGAUACAGAGAUUAGCAUUUUCGAUGCCCAGAGAUACUUCAACGAAAGUAACAACGACGCAAGAGUGUGCAAAAGGGUGUCCCCCCUUAACCUUCCCAAUCUGGAUCGCAAUUCGUCAGACGGAUGUGAUCUCUCUGCCUUGUCCAGAUUCUCUUCUGCUUCAUCAGCUACUGACGGGCACGGUUAUGGCAGGGCUUUCCGAGUUCGUUCCUUCCAUGCAACACCAACGGCUUCGUCAGAGGCUAGCUGGAAUAGCCAGACUGGCUUGCUGUCAAAUCCUCCGGGUUCCAUUGCGGUGUCUAUGACCAUGAAAAAUCCUACCAUCGAUGGCAAGAAAAAAGUGUCUGCCACUGGCACUGGUACAAUAAAAUGGCUUUGGGGACCAAAGAUGCCCGUUCUUAGCAAGAAAUCCGUUCAGGUCGAGCCCAAAACAUCGUUGAGUUUGAAUCAGAAACUCAAGAUAGAGGAUCAGAAAAGUUCGGGUACAAAAAGUUCAAGCUGGGGGGAUAAACGGGAAGAGAUACUACUAGCUUGUAAUCCUCACAGGAUCUCAGCAGAGAAUCAGUUUCAUUCUUCUAGCCUAGGACAGCGUGUGGUAGCCUCAGCAACAGCAAGACCCCUGAUGAUAGGUAAGGUUUCCGGAACUGCUGGCUUCACGUUUCCAGUACUUAAUCAACAAGCAAUAUCAUCCCACGUGAAAAUGGCAGUGAAUAGAAGUAAUACUAAUUCUCUUGAAGCUGAUGAUGAGGAUAGAGCUCGAGACUCGUUGGAGGUGUUCCGACCUUCUGAGGAAUCAUCAUCUAUUUCUGUUCCAAAGAAACUGGCGUCCAGAACAACCAUAACAGACGAUGAUGUUGGCAGUGAUACCAGCUCAGACUUGUUCGAAAUCGAGAGCUUCUCCACAACCACCCAGGGCCAGACGACGCCAUAUGCAAUGUACCACCGUCGAGAUUCGUUGGACGAGGCUUCCUCGAGCUUUAAUGCAAGAAGAUCGAUAGCAGGGGCUACCAACGGGUCAGGCUUCGGCUGUCAGUAUUCGCCGAUGAUGCCCGAGUGCUACGAGCCGAGCGAGGCGAGCAUAGACUGGAGCGUGACAACCGCAGAAGGGUUCGAGAGAGGGUCUGUUGGGGUAUCAGAAGCGGAGGAGAUGAGCAUCGCCGCAUAUGGCAAUGGCGGCAAGAAGAAAUCAGGGAAGGGUUUGUUGAGCUGUCGAUGCGAGAAGGCGGUGAGCGUGGGGCCGAACCCUGUCAAGUACGUGCCCCCUCAGGGACAGGCAACUACUACAUCAAAGCAUGUGGGCAAUGUGAACAAGCCACCGCUUGCUCGCUUGUCCCUCCCUUUUGCAGCAUAACUCUUUUUUAUUUUCCUAUAAUUCGUGUGCUCUCCUGUUCUUCUGCUUUGCUGUUAUACAGAAAAUUACUCCAUGUUGUGUGCUGCUGAUUUUUUUUUGGGGAUUUCAAUUAACAUGGACCACAAAAUCUUUGAGA